AAACCCGGAAAGAUCAGCCUUUACAGCUUGUGCCCCGAGUGAAAAGCGAAUAUUUAAGAUUUAAAUCUCAGAAAAGAUAAAAAUCAGUUUAUUUUUGCAAUUAGAUCUCAGUCCACCUGGGGGCGAUAAAGCCCGCCUUUUAAUCGGCAAACACCAAUUUCACCGAUUAUUACUGGAGCGUGUCACCUUACAAUAAUUUAUGUUAUAAACAAAAAACACGUUUUGAGAAGUCUAGGGUGAAACCUGGUAAAAAGAGAGCGAGGUUAGUCCAGCCUGAUUAAUCACAGGAACCGUGUAAGGCCGGGUGGGGGUGGGGGCUCCGGUAAAUUGUCUCAAGCACAAAGAAAGGUAAACAGGCAGCGAAUCAGCUCCGCGUUUCAACGCAGAAAUCCCGCUAACGUGGAUAAAGAUGCACUUAAACAUCGCCUAAAAGCAACAGAAGCACGUUUUACGAUGCAAGAGCUACCUCAAAAUAAAUUUAAGGAAUCUUCACCACCCCUCCACCAAAUUUUUUACCCAGAGGCCGUCCCCGUUGACUUUCUCCGCCCCUUUUAGUACACUUUAUUUGCAUAGCAUUUUUUGGGGGGAAAAAAAGACAAAAGUCACGGAAAAGUGGACAACAGAUUAUAGGAGAGACCAAAACAAAAUCAAUGGGUACCGAGGAAAGCGGCUGUAGCUAGGGAAAUAACCAUGCUCUUGGUUUCGGUGAUUGUGUCCGGUGCGACUCGUCGUUUUCGAAAAGUUAAGUCCCAGCGCGAAAAAGUUGGAGAGGAAAUUUUCUUUUUUUGGCAAAACUUUCUCUUGCAGUGCAUGGAUGUGAUCAAGAAUCGACCAAAGUGUCGGAAAGGUCAACGCUUGUUCCUUGCUCGCUUGGAUUGUUCAUUUAUGCGUUAGUUGAGUGAGUAUUUAUUAACUUUGGGGGGAGUUUGGGAGACAAGGGUAGAAGAAAAAGGUCAACGAUGUAUUGGGUGGGUUACAAAAGGCGACCUCUGGAACAGUGGAUGUGAAAGAGAGAGAGAGAGAACAUAAUAAAAAAAAACGAUGGCGGAAAAAGAUCAAGAGAGAAGAGUGAGCGUUUAUAGAAGUAUUUCAUUUAAGUAUCUGAGCGAGUGGAGACCCAGGAGUCCGGCUGAUGAGAGUCAGAAGGAGUCGAAACUUUUAACCAAUGCUACCCAGCCCCCAAUACUCCAAGCUGCUGCAGCCGGCAGCAGUCAGCAAAACCUGGUCAGGUCUACUGGCAAAAUCCGCUCGGUUUGCAAGCUGGUUUCUGCCAAGGUCUCCAGCCCGGAGGUGAAGAGAAGCCACCAGAUCUCUCCGUCCAUCCGCCAGCUCUCGGAGUUGUUCGACCCGGUGGAGAACAGCCCAGCUCUCGGGGUCCCCAGAGCCCGGCUCCACAGCAAGACUGCCGAGGGCGAGCUGGUGGCCCCGGGCAAAACUCAUCGAGAGGAGGAAGCGGGGCUCGAACCGGCGCCAGUGGCGGGCUGCGGGGAAGGAGAUGGGACGCCCGGCGUGAAGGUACAGGAGGAGCCCCCGCAGGUCCGAUCUACCCAGGCAAAUUCUGGCCAGGUUACCAACUGGCCCAGUGUGGCCGAGAUGCUCAAACUCUUUGGAGAGAGGAGAUCCCCACGACCCAGUUCGGACGCCCCUGACCUCAGUAGCUCUUGCCCCUGGGAGGUAGCACUAGACCAAAGCGAAGCGGCCGGUCAUGAGGCUCCCUGUCCCGGGGCAGAAGGUGCCCAGGCAAGUUCUCCCGCCUGCUGGAGUGAGACCACCAGCCCGCAACCCCCGCCGCCGCCGCCGCCGCCACCCCCUCGUAGUUCCUUUCCACUGGCUCUGAGGUUGCCUUGGUGUUCCACUGGUGCGCAUAAACAAGGGGCAAGACAGCAAUCAGAUAGCGCGCAUUCCUGGCAUAACUGCUCCAAACCACAGGCCGUCCCUACCGCUGCUGCUCCUGGCUCAGAGGCGAGCUCCAGCGACGAGAAGGAACACAGCAGAGAGCCGGCGCAGUACACCAGCCCCCACGCCAGCUGCAAGGUCGGAAAGCUCUCCAGAUCCCAGGACAGGUCUUCAGGGAGCGACGAGGAUCAGCCCGUGGUCCACAGGGACGUCAAGAGAAGGUCACUGAGGAAGAAGAAAGCCAGCGUGCAGGUGGGCAGUAAAGAUGAAUCCGACAGUGAUAGCCCCCUCGGUGUUUCUCUGUCGAGGCGUGAAGGAGGUCAGGUGGAGCAUUUCGCCUGUAAAGGCGAUGAAGCUUUGCAGCCACAACCAGCAGUAGAACCGGGCUCCGCACCGUGUGGCUUGGCAGCCCUUCCACGUGAGAGGAAGCAUUGUAUCUCAGCAGCUUGCCAGACAAGCAAAGUUGAACAGAACCAUAAAAGGUCUGUUGGACCGCUUGGAGAUAGUGGAACGCCCACCACUGUAAAUCAGCCUCACAGCACUUCAGGGUCACCCAUACCAAUGGUCUCCAGAGUUGCAAAAGUCAACAUCCAGUCAUUCCUUCCGAGCCCAAGCAGCUCCAGAGGCAGCAGCAGGUACUCCAGCACUGAAACUUUAAAGGAGGAAGACCACUAUUCUGGAUUAAGCAGGAGCUUUCAAGGGAGUUUGAACAUGCACCGGUCACCAUUCUUUGGUCACAGUGAUGAGACAGCAAAGCAUUUAAAACCAUCAGUGCGCUCCCGACCUAAGCUGCCUUUUGGGAUUGUCAAGGUAAUGAAUGAGAGUUCAACAGGGAGUGUGAGUCCGCAGUAUGAAUGUAGCACUGAUAAAUCUAAGCACAGAAAGUCUAUGUCAAAUCCUGACAUAGCAUCAGAAACACUGACUUUGUUUAGUUUUCUUAAAUCGGACUUUUCAGGGCUCAGGAUGAGGAGGAAGGAAAAGGAGGAAUAUCCCAGGGAUGGGGUUAAUCCCAGCCGCACUGGAGGCACUCAGUGCCAAAACACAAACCAGCUGCAUGAGCUUGCCUCAGUGGGAAGAGGCAGGGGCUCGCUCCAUUCUCUGAACCAGCAGCCUGGGAGUGCACGUCCCACUCUCAAAGACCUCACUGCAACUCUACGCCGUGCCAAAUCUUUCACGUAUUCUGACAAGCCGGCUCCCCGCAGAUUGAUUGCUCACAGCGUAAUGAAGCCCAGUAAUUCAGAAGUCAUGCUUGCCAACAUAGGGUGCUGUGAUUCUGCUUCAGAGGGUGAGGGCCAAGACACUGUCACUCAGAGAAGUGAGGAAGUGCUCCCCGUCGACGUGCAGGUUCAGUACAUCCAGGAAGCUGGGCAGCUCUUCGAGAAGAUCAACAUGAUGUGGUCCCAGAAGGAAUCUCCCCACGAACUUGACCAGAAGGGCGCGGAAUGCCCUGAGCAUGAGGAGCAAGCCGGGCUGUUUCCAAAAGACGCUGAAGUUCCACUCGCUACGGCGGACAGGGAGCUCGAGAACGCGAGGCGAGGCGGGUCUGAGGAGAACCUGUCCGGUGGGAAGUCGGCCGAUGACUUGUCGGGUCCCGAGUCCAGUAUGACGGACGAGGGGAUUGUCACCGAGCCUGAAAAUGGAUCCAGCAGCACUUUGUACAAGGACAUUUCUAGUCAUGUGUUGGAACGAAAGCCAGCCAGUGGCCCGAGCAUGGAGGAUCACGAGGAGUUGCUGGCCAGCAAAGGAUGUGUUCCUGCAAUGGCCGCAGUGAGGACUGGCUAUGAGAGUGUUGCAAUAGGAGGAGAUGUGGUGUACAAUAAAACUGCUACCCCGGUUACACUGGAUCCUCCGUCAACUCCCAGUUCCAUUCGACGCAGGAGGAAAUUUCCUCCCGGUGGUAGCAAUGGAUCUGAUUCCAGCAAUGGGAGCAAUGGAGACUCCAGCGGUGACACUUACAGAUCCUUCAGUGACCCUAUGCCACAUAGAAAGUGUCCAGAAGAAAGUGAACAUUUCUCAGUGGACAGCAACUUGCUCGGCUCAUUGAACUCUGUGAAAGGUAGCAUCCUGGAAUGCUCGACCACUGCCUUAUCGGAGUGCACUGGCAGUGCAGCCAGUGACCUGUCGGUGUGCAGUGACGGACUGAAGGACUACAACACCGUGAUCCAGCGUAUAGUCAGGGAGCCAGGAACCAUGGACAAUCUGAUUGACGAGAAAGGUAACGGGAAGCUGGUGAAGAAGAAGUCCCUGAGCGACCCAAGUCGGAGAGGAGAGUUGACUACACCAGGCUUCAAGGGUCCAAGCGAGCCGAUAACGGAGAUGGAACAGGCAAUUCCAGCGUCCAGCAGUGAGCCGAUCCUUUCUGAGCAGCGAGACGAGGUAGGGGACCUGGAAGAGUUUUCCAAACAGGUCAGGAAGUCCCGUUCGCAGUCUGAGCGCACGCUGCCCUUGCAGGUCAUUGAAGAACAGGAUAAAGCUAACUUGCAGAACUUCAGUCUGCACCCAAAGUUAGCUGAAGUUCUUUCUCCAAGGUCGAUGAGGCGGAGCUCUAAGAAGCGUAACAACAGGGUCACACAACAGGAGGGUAGAAAGUAUGAAAUACGUGGUGAGAUGGACCAAUCUCCACCAGCCAAGACAAGGCCAUCGUCCAAGCACGUGAGGCACACCAGCGAACCAGCCAAUUUUGUUCCUAUAGCUUCCAAAGUCAUUGCCCCAGAAACACAUUUGUCUUGUAGUCAGCCAGUUCACGUUGCUACGCCAGAACCCACGAGACAAUCUAGGAAGCAGUUUCCCCUCGCACAGACUCCGUCCUUGGAAGAUGUCACCAAACAGUACGUUUCGAAGGGGGAACCACCCAUCAUAUCUCCUGUGGAUUUGCCUCUCUUGGCCCCUGGUACGCCAACCAGCUCUGAAAACCGAGUGCCUUCUCUAUCAAAACCAAAUGAAGAACUGACAGCAAACAUCAACAAAGCCAAGCCUCAAGUGGAUAUGAGAAAGCAUGUAAUGAUGACCCUGCUGGAUGCGGAACAGUCUUACGUGGAGUCUCUCCGAACACUCAUACAGGGAUACAUGAGACCUCUGAAGCAGCCAGAGAAUUCAUCUAUCUGUGACCUGGCACUUGUGGAUGAUAUGUUUUUCCAAAUUCCGGAAAUCUUAGAGCAUCACGAGAAGUUCCUGGAACAGGCUCACCAGUGUGUCCAGAACUGGCAUGAGAAGCAGAAAGUGGGUGACCUGAUGAUUGAAACAUUCUCUAAGGAUGUACUGGCCAACUCGUACUCCGCAUACAUCGAUAACUUCCUCAAUGCCAAAGAAGCUGUGCGAUUGGCCAAGGAUGCAAAGCCCGCAUUCAUUAAGUUUUUGGAGCAAAGCAUGAGGGAGAACAAGGAAAAGCAAGCACUGUCUGAUUUGAUGAUCAAGCCAGUACAGAGAAUACCUCGCUAUGAACUUCUGAUAAAGGACCUUCUGAAGCACACUCCUGAUGAUCACCCGGACCACCCCUGCCUACUUGCAGCACAGCGGUACAUUAAGUUGCUGGCUGAAAGGAUAAACAAGGGAAAGAAGAAUGCAGAGGAGGCUGAGAAAGAGGCUCGCAUCCUGCAAGAGAUAGAAUCCCAUAUAGAAGGCAUGGUGGACGUACGUAUCCAUGAAGAGCUUCUGGUUCCUCAUAGAAAAUUCUUAAGACAGGAGAUGGUGAUUGAAGUGAAAACAGUAAGCAGCAAGAAGGAACGCUCGCUCUUUCUGUUCACUGACCUUCUGAUCUGCACGACCUUGAAACGUAAGACCGGCUCUCUACGGCGGAGUUCCAUGAGUCUAUACACAGCUGGGAGUGUGAUUGACACUGCAAGCAAGUACAAGUUCCUCUGGAAACUGCCGCUGGAGGACUUGGAUAUUGUAAAAGGCUCUUCCCAAGCUACCAACCGAGAAAGCAUCCAGAAAACUCUAAAUCGACUGGAGGAAGAUUUCAGUAUCUUGAGUCAGAUUAGCACGUUGGCAGAAACGCUCAGUAUUUCACAUCAGAGUCUGGAUGAUGUCAUUAAGGACCUGAUGGCCUCUGUGAACCGUGAGCUCUCGGAGAAGCAGUCACUCGCAGUCAGCACCAUGUUCCCCCUCACUAAACUUGAACUAACGGCCACAACAGCAGAAGGCACUGAGACGUUCAUUUUCGAGUUCAGCAGUAUCGAGGCACGAGCCGGGUUUGAACAGGCAUUCGAGGAGACCAAGAAGAAAUUAGCUUUGAACAAAGAUCACUGGGAUCCUGAAUUCCUGAAGGCCAUUCCCAUCAUGAAGACACGGAGUGGAAUGCAGUUCUCCUGUGCAUCUCCUAGCCAUGGUGGGCCAGACAAUGGCCAUGAAGUUUGGGUCUGCAAUAGCGAUGGGUAUGUUGGGCAGGUCUGCCUGCUCAGCAUCAAACCAGUGCCCACAGUGGAAGCCUGCAUCGCAGUCUGUUCAGCAAGGAUCAUCUGCAUCGCCUCAGUGCCAGGCCUUAGUGGCACCUCCAGAGACAGGUCAGAAUUGCUUCUGAGCCCUUCCUGUUUACACCCACACCGAACCACAGCAGUGCCCAUGGAAGAGAACACUUCCCAGCAGCCUCUCCUAAUCUCCAUCUCAAACUCUGCUCAGUUAUUGGGGGAGUUGACGGAGAGCGGGAACAGAAGCCUGAACCCAUUCGACAGCGACGACACUGAAGAUGACGAGUCCUCCCCAAGCCCUUCAGGCACACUGAGGAGUCAGGCCAGCAGAUCCACCAUCUCCUCUAGCACAGGAAAUGAGGAGAUGUCGAGCUCAAAGGACUUUGCGACAGAAGCAACGAGUUCAGAAGAGGAGGCGGAAUCUGAUUUUGUUUCCAACCCCAGCACGCUCUGUCAGACCAGGAACAGUGACAGUCCCAUGGAUGGGCGUGCCAUGAGACGUUCCAGCCGAGGCUCUUUCACCAGAGCAAGUCUGGAGGAACUGCUGAGUAUUGAUCCUGAAGCUAACCAAAGCUCAAUGUGGCUAGGAACAGAAGACGGUUGCAUUCAUGUGUAUCAGUCAUCUGAUAACAUCCGUAACCGGAAGAACAGCAUGAAGAUGCAGCAUUCAGCAUCAGUCAUGUGCAUCCUAUACCUCGACAACAAGGUUUUUGUCUCACUGGCAAAUGGCGAGCUGAUAGUCUAUCAAAGAGAUGCAGGAAGUUUUUGGGAUCCACAGAACUCACACACGUUGUGCUUGGGAUCGCCGGGGAAUCCCGUCACCAAAAUGGUGCAGGUAGCAGGGAAACUGUGGUGCGGCUGCCAGAACCGGAUUCUCGUCAUCAACACCACCACGCUUUGCCAGGAGCACAUGAUUCAGAUCGGCCAGGACAGCAACCGGUGUGUGACGAGUAUGGUGAGCUCCAGCCUGGGAGUCUGGAUUGCAAUGCAGAGCAGCGCUCAGGUUAAGCUGUACCACGCGGGCACCUACGAAAACCUGGCAGAAGUCGACGUGGCUCCUGCAGUACACAAAAUGCUUGCAGGUUCUGAUGCCAUUAUUCGCCAGCACAAAGCUGCCUGUUUACGGAUUACUGCCCUCCUUGCCUGUAAAGACCUUCUCUGGAUCGGAACAAGUGCUGGUGUGGUGUUAACACUAACCAUUCCCCAUGUCACUGCCAACACCACUUCGCUCAGGAUACCUUUAACACCCAUGGGAUCAGCUCAUGGUCACACGGGACACGUUCGAUUCCUCACAGCCAUUGAGCUGCCAGAGAUCUUUGAUCUGACUUUCCCACCAGCCAGAGAGCCAGGUCGGCCCAACGCAGGUGGAGAAAGGCUAGUUGGUUCACAGAAGCGGGACUCGGCGAGACGCCGAUCUUCUGCCAUUAUUCCAUUGAAGACCAACAUGCUGGUGAUCAGCGGAGGAGACGGGUAUGAAGACUUCCGGCUUACCAACAGUAGUGAGACUGUCGGCCGAGACGAUAGCACCAACCAUCUGCUUCUGUGGCGCGUUUGAGAGGAGUGAAGCAAAUCGUUGGCUACAAGACUACUGUUUUUGUUUGUCUCCUAGUGUGCUUAGUCUAAUGCUUGGGCAUUUAGUCUCUGUGUGCAUUGUUUGUCUUUUACUGUACACGAGCAGGACCCUGAAUGAAUGAUCAUCAGUCUUAAGAACAUAUCUGCAAGUUUGUGAGGUGAUCCACCCCGAAUUUUAGUUGUGAUGUUAUUUUCUUUCCCACACAGUGUGCCAUUGAUGUGAAAUGGUACAUGGUUGUGAGUUGCUUUAUUAAUGAGCAGUGGAACAAGUAAGGAUAAUCCAUCUGUCACCAUCUGUGAUAAUUAUGGCUUCCCAUUAAUGAAAAGAAUGUCACUGAGUUUGGGACCAAGAAAUGACACAAUGUGUCACAAGGAGUUGAGCAAAGAAUAAGGCAGGAGAUUGUGGGAAUCACACAUUGUACAGGACAUCUUCAUUUGUGACAGGAGAUCCCUUCUUUAUCUCUAACCUCUGUUCCCAAAAGUUCAAAGUCUGGCAGUUUCUUUGUAGCAGCAAUCAUGAGGAAUCAAGCUGACGGCACCAUGAUUAUGUUUCAAGUAACCACCAAGUAAUCAUUUCCAAUGAGACCUUCGUCUGUGGGAACCUGUCUAAGACAAUCUUGGUGGUCUGCAUGGAUAUUGUGACAGUGGAAUUCUGUUUGUUGUGGUGUUUGAAAUGAACAGGCCUUUCAGAAAUCAGAAGACCUCAGUCAAAUGUGUCAUAUUGAUAUGAACCACAAAGUGGAGUGCAUCGUGGCAUAUGUGUAUGUACUUACACACCUAAGACAAACAUUUGUGGACUUCAUUCUCAGUGAAUCUGCAUGAGAGAGAAUUAUGUUUGUAGUAUUAAUUCCUUUUGGACACCACACAAAUUUCCAUGUACUUUCACUUUCAAUCAGAGGACUGAUGAAUUGCAUUGUAUGUACCUCAUUGUGUACCGACAGCUACAACGUUCCAGUAAUGUGUGUGUGUGUGUAUGUGUGUGUGUGCAUGUGUGUGCACGUGUGUAUGGGUGUGUGCGUGCACAUGCAUGCACUUGGUUGUGUUCUACUGCCAUCUUUGUAGAAUGGAGCCAGUUUAUAUAGAAACCAGAGCGUGUGUGUAAAAUGACUAUGUGCAAUAUGUGGCCAAGAUCAUGGAGGACCAUCACUUUUCAGAAGCAUUUAACCAGAGGACAUUCAAACAUUUUGCAGGAAGCACCGGUUAAGUAGUGCCACAUAAAAACCUCAAUCUGCCAAAGGCCGCAAUUAUAGUCGAAGCUACCUUUUGGACAGUUGAUCCAGAAGGUGAACUGAUAUUGGUCCUCUUGUACAGUAUUUAUGUUUAUUUUAACUUAGUUAUCUUUCACAGCACUUAAUUUAUGCAUUUACCUUUUUUUUUAAAUAUCUCUAGAAAUUUGACAAAGUUUGUUUUACAUUUUGUGGCUUAAUCUAGUUGUUCAUUCUGUGUGGUGAGAUUUUGUAAAAGGAAGGGUGACUGAACUAUGUGGAUCUCGAUCUCAGUUAACUGAUUACAAUUUUUCCCCAAUACUUUACUCCCAGUUCCUCAUGCACUUCAAUUCUACUCCCCACUUUCACUAACUCUGUAAUAAAACAACAGAUAUGUUGUGCGAUGUUUGGUCUUAAAUCAGCUCAAAUGCAGGAGACGUGUUGGAAAUUCCAGAACAAUUAAUAAUUGGGUGAACAUCCAAAACUUUACAAACUCUCUUUGCAGGUACUGACCAGAUGUGCAUUUCUCGCACUGCCAAUUUUUAUUUUAAUAAUUCAAUAGGACAUGCCACAAAGUUUGUUUCAUUUAUGUCAUUGUAAGGGGAAGACUUUGAGGGUCAGAGAUAAUGAGAUUCCAAGGUGUUGCAAGUAGACACUUUGAUUCAUUUACUGGUGUCAAUAUGACUUUGGCUUUUGCCUUGUUUCUUGGCCAUCCUUUGCUAGGGUAUCACAACCCCACAUACUCAUCUGAAAGCAAUGACAUUAAGGUAAAAGUUUUUCUUUAGUACUCCCACACACUAAAGCUUGACACCUGGGUUGUGAAGACAAUAAUUUAGCUUAAUAUCUGUUUAUUUGUAUUCGGUGAUUUGGAUCUAAAGCCUUUUAGAUGUGUGUGUGGUAUGUAAUUAAGCCUUCUGCUGUUGAGUUUUCACCCAGUAAUUAUCCCUUGAAAGAUGAAUUGCAAAAAAUUAGGGUUAAAAUUUGGAAAUAACAACUGUGUUUCUGGUGUGGUGCUCCACAUCUAUCACCCCUAUCCCUCCACCAGUAGCCCUUCCACAAUUACCCUUGCUCCACCCAGUACCGCUCCACCCAGUGCCACUCCCACCUCCCAAGCCCAUUGCGUUUUCCAUUACAAAGUGCAUGUAGCCUGUUCUAUGUUCCAAUGAACAGCACAAUUGUGGAGUAUAUCUUUGAUUGCAUGUAGCAUAAUACAGGUAUUGAUGGUCCAAUUCUAAGUACAUAAUUCCUUUUAUGUUAGACUUCAGUCACGAUGCUAUAGCUUGCUCAAUAUUCUUUACUCAAAAAUUGUUUCACUGAUUAAAUCUGAUUUUUGCUCCUUAUGAACAGUUUUAAUUUUGCAUCCCAAAAAAGUAGUAUUUCCUCCCAAAUGGUCUUACCUGAUCAAGAGAAGCCAAAGAUUAGAAGACACAUACAUAAUGAAUGUUCUUUUCUCCCAUGUUUACUUUCCGAAGUUAUAUAAGGGGUCAAGUAGCCAGACACAGGUAUUAAAUGUUUAAAAAAUGUGAGGGGAAAAUUCUGCCCUUCUCACCUUUUCCUGGUUUUCUUAUUAAUGGGAUGACAUAAAACAGUGGAAGAAUGCAUUGCAAUAAAAUUAAGUAGUGACUGUGUGAAUCAGCAGCACAGGAACAAGAUUUCUGGUAUUGAAUUAAAUAUUUUAUACCUGAAUGAGUAAAAUUAGAUUGUUGGCUCUGCGUUAUCAUUCAUUGGAACAGCCAGGUUAUAAUCAGUAUCUGAAAAGGGUGUUUUCUGUUGUUAUGUAGCACAUGCAAUGGGCCCAGUGAAGAUCUGUGGGCUUUGAUGUUUAAAAAGUUGCUUUAUCUGCAUUAAAGUUGUUUCGAGAAACUCAAUCUUCUAUUUGUGCAGAUCAAAACCUUGAAAUAUUUUGACUCAAGCUCAUGUUGCAUUUUAUUCAGUGCUUGGUUGAAGCGCAAGAGUUGCCAAAUCUAAGACUAGCGUACAGUGGCCUCUUCAGAAUUGCAUCAUAUUCCUAGCCCAUUCACAGAACAUCAUCAUAAAAAUAAUUAACCUUUACAACUGAAUCUAGAAAUAAAAUUGCCUUAUGAACAUUCUGAGCUUGAUUAAAGCCCCAUUGUUUUGUGGCAUUAUUUUUGUGAACAAUGGGAAUGAUUUGCGCUGCUAAUUAAACCAGUGGUGUUCUGAAUGAGGUGGAAUUCUGAAUUACAUUUACAAAUCUAAGUCUUAAGAUCAUAACUGGAAAAUAUCUGAGCAUGAUGCACGUUGAUCCGUAACUGUGUGGAUGUGUUUCAGGAGCAGUGGUUGUUGGUAGAAAUAAAUACAUUGUUAGACUAAUUGUACCACACAUUUUGCAUUAAUGAGAAACAGUUUCCAGAUAUGCAGACAUAAUACAACUCGAUUCUCAAACCACCAGGAUUAUCUCCAAACAAAUAGAGUGGGAUCAUCUGGUAUUUCACAUUGCUGAAAAAUGCCUAAGUGUAGCGUUAUCUACUAUAACACAAGCCUAUUGGUGUUCAUCAAUCACACGUCAUAAAGACUUUCCUAGUAAGCACAUACAUCCCAGUCAAACAACUGUACAGGAAACUGCUUGACCUUUACUUCUUUUUAAGUUUCUUCUGCCAGUGAAGCAAUGUUUGCACAAAUGUUUGCCGAUGAUGCUGAUGUUUCCUCCCAGAAUGUUUACACAUUAUGAAGAAAGCUUUAAUUGGCCUGUGAUGAUAUCGUGACUUUUAAAAUGUCUUGAGAAGGUCGGGGUGGCGUGGAGGCUGGAGAAAGUUCAAUAUAUUUAAUGCACUGAGAUCGAAGGAGACUGUGUCAGUCUAAAGUUCUGAAGUCACUGACUUAGUGGAGGCAGGGCUCAAACUGCCUAGUAUAAACAGUGAAUUAUAAAGUGCCUAGAUUAAUGUUGGAUGUGCAAUUAAAGGGAUUAACAAAUUAAUGGGAAUUAUAUCAGUUGUAAUUGUUUUAAGGGGAUCCAGUCAUUUAAGCCAGAAAAAUUAUUUCACCAUUAAGAAAUUUAUUUUUGGAUUUAAUUUCUUAAUUUUUCACAUAGUGCCAAAGGAAUUAGGGAAGGGAACUGAUGUUCAGAUAAAAGAAAAGUUUGCAAAGUCGAGGUACAAAAUGAAGGGAAAAAUUGAUUGAAUGUAAAAUCAGAGGGCCAAUAGAUGUGCCCAGUUGUUUGUGGCAUGCAUCAAAAUUAAGAAGUUUGUUGAAAUUUAUAGCAGGAAAUUGAAUCAUCAAAACUUCAAUUUCUGUGGGAUUUAUAUUCCUGUCUCCAAAACUUCUAAGUAGAUGUGUGCACCAAGGGGAGGAAGAGAGAGAUUUGUUUGAGAAGUCAAGGUGGGGGCAUGUGGAUUACCAGUUUGGAAACUUUCAGUUUUCAGCAGUGAUCACCAACCAUGUGCUGAAAAUUCACUGACUGGAUCAAGACCCAUGAAAGACUGCUCUUACAUCAAUGGCAUUUCAGUUCACUUCGUGGGUCUUGAAUCUCCAGGUUUGGGGUGGAGUGGAAGAUGUGCCAGGACCUAAAGGGGUAAAUUACAAAUUAAGUUUGGCUUUCAUUUCCUUUUAAGGAACUUGUGGGGUGAGCUGAGGUGAUUGAAAUGAUAGAACAUUUUGACAGACUAACCACUUCCACUUGUGGAGAACCUCAGAAAGUCUUAAAAUUGGAAGGAAAGUUAAGAUGCAUGUUUUCUCAUAAAGAUUACAGGAAAUCUGAAGCCCUCUCUCCCUGUAGAGGUGGGGCUAAAAGUGACAUUUUUGGGACCAAAAUAGAUGAAUGUUUUAAUUUGGCAAGGAAUAUGGACCAGAGGAGGAUGAGCCUUAAGAUUGUAGUCCACUUCUGUGGCCUUCUUUAAAUGCCCCUGCUGAGCACUUUCCCAAAAUCCUUUGGGUUAUCCACUGAACGAGAGCAGAUUGCAGUGGCCAGUGAAACAGGUUGAAAGGUUAAGAAGAAACAAUGAAUUGUUAUGGUUUAAAAGAAUCAACUGUUAUAUGUUUGCUAAGUAGGUAGACUCUAGAGUUGCAAGAGAAGAACAUGUAUGAGAUACAGAUUGGUAUGUACAGUUGCAAAGAAAACACUGCACCGGUCAAAGUAAGGAUCCACGUUCCAGAAUUAAGUCUGGACAUAGAAACCAAAUGAGUCCACCAGUUCUAACGCAGUAUGGUGCUCCCUGCUAAUGCUUGGAAGUUCAGAACUAGAAUGAGUACGUCAGUGAAGAUUGUGUUAAAUUUUAUAAUUUAGAUAUGGUAAGUGAACAUUUAGAACACUUGGAAAAAUGUAUUCCCCUAAAGGAAGGUGGCUUAGAUAGCAGGGAGUUUUGGAAAGAUAUAUUGGUCUUAGAGGCUUUUUGGCACAUAUUCAUCAGAAGUAUGCCACCACUUCAAGUUAAAUUAGAGCUGGAAGAGUCAGCCUGUUUCUAAGAAUAAGGUGGCUUGUAGGAAGUGGGCCAGUGGAAGUUAAGUGUGGAAAGUAGGUGGUGAGUCCAUGGCAUGCAGUGGUUUGGGGGAGAAGGUAGUUCAGGGAAGGCUUGUGCUCUCCUUGUGAGACCAUCUCCAUAAAGGGGAAAAAAGUACUCUCACCUUGAAGGGCUCUUCUGCCAAUCAACAAAUACAAAAGCUUCUUCACUCUUGACAAAAUAAAGACUGUAGGCAGAUCCCAAUAAACCAUUGGAUUCGUACCUGCAGAUUUAAACCAGAAGCACACUGUCUUUGAUGAGGUAUCCUUGGUUUUUAAAAACAUUGAUUGAUUUUAGGAGGUGCCCUUUAUUACCUUCUGGGCCUUGGAUUGUAUACCCAUCCUCUGUGUGUACAGUCAAAUAAUAGUUGCUUGUCUGCUGUGUCUCUCUCAGACACAAACUUUAAUCACCAUGAUUAAAAAUACUAUUAUUGCUUUCAUGCAUGCACUACGUUAAAACAUAUCUCACUAAGUGCCACAUAUCACUGCAAAAAAAAUGAAGACCCUUAAGUUAAAAAAAAAGGUGUAAAGAGAGAAAGAAGCACUUCAGAUUUUCAAAACAAAACACUUAAAUAUUUUUCUUGGUCCUACAUGUGAAGAGCUUAUUUUAAAGUAGUGUCACACUGCUUGGGAGCAGGCUAAGUUCCUGCUGUGGUCAAGAAUUGGCCACUUUGCAAGACUUGACUUGGACCCUUGGCACACUCCGGUGGACAAUCACCUGUCAGGGUAGAGGUGAUUGCCGGUUUGGUCAAAUGUUCACCUCUCAACAGGAAGGGUAGCUUUUUUGGCUUCUGAGUCAAAAGAUUUCUAUUGUUCUAGAUAUCUGGGUGCAGAAAGCACAUUACCAAGUGGCAGAGCCCCUUUAGAACCAAAAGGAUCUGUUAUGUGUAAUUCAUGAUGCAUGAGGCAUGAUAAAUAAUUACUGUUAAAGAAUGGCUCUUCUGCUCUAAACACCUCACUGUGUUUCCUUUCACAUUCUCUUCAUACAACUGCAAGUCUAUUUUAAGUGUUGAUUAAUCGAGAAGCAUUAACUCUCACAAACCAUACGAUGUUGGCCGAUUGUAAAGGAUAGCAGUAUCUUUAAUGUUGUGUCAAUUUGAUAUUAGGGUAUUGCUUUGUAAUUAUCAGCCUGCACUGAAAUUAACACUCCAUUCACUCACCCUGUACUGAGUUCAAGAACUAAUAGUAAAAUAAAACAUGAUUUAAAAUUAUAUGCAGAAAGUGAAGAAAGAUGUGUUUCUUCAGGUUGCAGAUUGCUUGGGCAAUGGGAGAAGCCACCUUUUGAGUAUUGUAAAUAAUGGUAUAUAUUUCCUCCUCUGUACAUACUGUUCUCAGUCUUUAAUUGUUGAUAUGAAUUUAAUGGCAUAUUUUUAUAUACGUUUAAGUUUCACUGGUACAAUCAUUGUUGGACCAGGGCAUUUAAAUUAUAACUACUACAGUACUUGGAAAACUUUUAUUCUGAACCAUUAAAAGUCAAGUGAGGUUGUCAUGUUUAUCACGUAUUCCUGUUAUGUUUUGUCACUGU